CCGGAAAUGUAGAAGAAGGUUAACUUUUCGGCCUGUCUUGUCGUCCAGUAGUUUGUCCUAAACUUUAAAAAAAACAACUUGUUUACUAACAAACCUCCUGCUAUUUUCAAGUCCUUUUCAAUGAUUGAAGAUGAGUGAGGACGUAUAUGAAGUCCCAGAAAGGACAGAGUACCGCUACCUGGUGCAAGAGGAAGAUGAAGAAGAAGUGCAGUAUGUUCGACACAGACAUUACAUCAGCCCCUUCUUGGUGCUGUCCAGACGCUGCAUUGUCCUCAUCUGCAUCGGUGUGCUCACUCUCCUGGUUCUGGCCACCUACCUGGGCUACCUUGCCCAAACACUCCCACCUGGCCUAGCCCAAGUCACCACUGACUGUGGUGACUACCGAGGAAGACGUAAAAAUGGCGCCUACUCCUUUAAAGGCAUUCCAUAUGCUGCUCCACCAGUUGGUAAUCUGCGCUGGGCACCUCCAGCUGACCCGGUGUGUCCGGAUGGAGUCACUGACGCCAGCCGCUUUCGUAGCAUGUGUCCCCAGGUGCGGCCUUUAUCAAGUGAAGGCAAGCUGAUGGGCCAGGAAGACUGCCUCUUCAUCAACGUGUGGACUCCAACGCUGGAGGCCAACUCAAAGCUGCCAGUCAUGGUCUGGAUCCAUGGAGGCUACCUGCACAUGUUGAGUGGUGGAGAACAUGGCUACUCACCGACAGAGAAGCUUGCAGCAGAAACACAGAUGGUGUAUGUCAGCUUUAACUACAGACUCAAUGCAUUUGGCUUCAUGGCACUGGAGAUACUAAGGGAAGGUUCUCUCAAAAACACUUCAGGAAACUAUGGCUUCAUGGACCAAAUUGCUGCAUUGAAAUGGGUCCAAAGAAACAUCCAAGGUUUUGGAGGGGAUCCUGAAAAAGUCACCAUCUUUGGGCAGAGUUCAGGUGGCACGUCUGUAUGGACCCUGAUGAUGUCUUCGCUUGCAAAGGGUCUUUUCCAGGCGGCCGUGGAUAUGAGUGGCUCGUACAUCUUCAAUUCAACACUGGAACAGGCUGAGUCUGCCAAUCUGGUCUUCCUGAAGAACACAGGCUGCAAAGACCUCUUGUGCCUUAGACAACUCCCUAUUAAACAGAUACUACAGGCGAUCCCAUGGCAGGAGUACCCUUCUUGGGCUGCUGAUGAUCUGGUGGACCUUCCCACCUUAGGGCACUUCUGUGGCCCUGUUGCAGUGGUGGACGGCUAUGUCCUGCAAGCGUCACCCUUUGAGAUUUUGGGGGAAAAAGGAGCCUAUAAUGAUGUCCCCUUGGUCAUCGGUACAACCGAGCAGGAGGUGGACUUCAGCCCUCAAGCUGAAAACAUCUCCAUGUGGACAUGGGAGGAUUAUAGGUGGUUUGUGACAGAAAAACUGAAGACUUUUAGUGUAAAUCUUCCUGAAGAGGCGUUGGAUCUGUAUCCGUCUUCUGCCCCCUGCCCCACCAAAGACCGCUGUCCAGAGAGAGCAUACACUACAAUGGUUUCUGACUUGAGAGUCACUUGCCCCAAUAAUGAUCUGGCUCAAAGGGCUGCAGUGGCCCUUCAGAGUCCUGUCUAUCGCUAUGUGGUCACACACACACCUUCUGGACCAGUCAACACAUCUGCUGGGCUGAUUCCUUUUAAUAGCCGCUUCUCUUUCCACUGCUUGGACAUCGUGGCCUUCUUUGGUGGACUCGACUUCAUUUUGGAGACACCACCCUCUGAUCAGGACAAGCAAUUCCAGGACCUCAUAACAAGACACCUUGUGCACUUCGCCAGAACAGGUAAAAUGGAAGACUCAUGGCCAGAUUAUCCAGCAGCCACAGCACUCUUGUCCAGCAGCCUCGUUGUUGCCAACAACUAUUCGGCUGCUCGUUGUCAGUUAUGGAAGGACAAUGGUCUGGAGAAGUACGCCUGGAUAAACUGAUGACAGCAACCGUCAUCUGACACCUUGUGGCUUUAAAAGGGAAAGGUUUAAAGUUCAACAACCAAUCUUGUUGGUUGGUCUUGGCGUAUUCACAAUCCGUUGAUCGAUUCCCCCUCCCUUGAGGUCCCCUGCUGGCUUUUGCUCAUUGAUAAUUUGUGUUAUAACCUGUUUACUUGUCCCAUUACUUAUAUUCAUUUGUUUUUUUUCUGCAGUUUUUCUGACUUGGAAAAUUAUUUACUUAAGUAUUAGGGGUGUCCACUGAGGGUGGCAUAUUGAAAAACUAAAGAAUGCACAGGGCCACUUUACAUGAUUUUUACAUGAAAUAUGCUAAAACCAAUGCAGUGCUCAUCAGUAUAUGCUAAAUGAUUUGAGAAAAAAAAACAUUAUCUUAGCUAUUGUGUUAUUGGUGACAAAGCAAAUAGUUGUUAUAUCUGAAAUAACUCCUUAAUAAUUAAUUAAUUAAUUGAAUUUUUAGAGCAGGUCGUGGUCCAAUAAAAAACUUUGGACACCCCUGUCCAAGAUCAAAGUUCCUUGCAUCCUGCCAUGAUGAGCAUGUGUACCAGAUGUCCUGUCGAGCCGACAAUUGUGGCAGGUUUUUCUCACUCGUCUUUUGUUAAAGUUUUUUUGGAGGGGGUGUGUACAUUUUUGAAUAACGUGCUUGCAAGAUUUGAGUUAGUUAGAGCUCUAAAAAAUAUUAGUUAACAUAAUAAUAAUAAUAAUAGUAAACAAAAUUAAUGAGAAACAACAAAUCUAAGGAGGUUCCCUUUGUGACUUGACGUGUAUACCUGUGUUGGAUUGAUUUUAGCAUGUAUAAUAAAUAGAAAUAUGACUUGUGGCCCCACAUUAGAGGUAUCCUGAUCCAAUAUCAGCACAAAAACAACUAUGGGAUUGCAAAAACAUCAAUUAUCGUGGUUAUAUGUGUCGCCAUAAAAACAACUACCACUCCACUUCAACUUAAAUACAGCAUAAAUCUAUUCUAGACUAUUAAUAAAAAAAUACAUUUGGAAUUGUUUAUACCUGCCAUUAAUCUAUGAGUAAUUUCACUUGAUCAAGCCUUUUCUAACAAGCCACACUACAAAAUAUUACAAGUAUAUAAGUAAGCAUUAUUGCUGAUAGCGUAUCAGAUCAGUAGUGGUAUCAGCCAAUACUUAAUGCGGCAAUAUUGGUAUUGUUAGAUGAAAAAGUUGUAUCGAUACACACCUUCAUCAAUUUUUCUGUGUGACCCCAUUGUGUAAAAGACUUGAACCUCCCCAGCUUUAAAGAAAGCACUUGUGAAAGUAAACACAGACACAAUACAUCAGCAUAUGAAAUAACUGCUGACAUGUAAAACAGUGGAUGAGCUAAAAAUGCUGACACAUGCACUUUACGUUAGAAAAUGGUGAAGUGAAAGCCCUACUUUUUGUGAACGUAUUAUUUUCACUUGGAGAAAUGAAUACUCAUUAUUUUUGGUAGCUAGCAGAAUACUCGUAGCAUCACACUGCAUCGAGUGAAAACCAUUUGAUGAAUGAUGGUUUGUAGCCACUAUUUCAUUUGAUUGGAUCAUGAAGGUAUCUACACACAGCUAAGUGUGAAGCUUCUGGGAUGAGAAUCAGCAUGUCGAAAUCUAAGGCCAUAGUUUGCAGCUUGAAAAAGGCGGAUUGCACCCUUUGGGUUGGCGGGAGUUCAAGUAUCUCGGGAUCUUGUUGAAUGAGGGAAGGUCGGAGCAGGCGGAUGAACGCAGUGUCUGCAAAAAUGCAGGAACUGCAUCGGUAUUGUUCAACAUUUUGAAGUGUCAUCAACUGUCGAUUCGCUUAUUUCUACUCUGCCCGUGCUCAUGAAACCACUAAGACACUUUUCUAUAACUUUUUACUUUUGUCAUCUAAUCUAAUCUACAGUAAGGAAAUAAAUAUUUGAUCUCCUGAUUACCGACUAAGUUUACUCUUACAAAUAUAUGAAUACCACAUCUUUUUUUGUGUUAGCUUGAUUGUACCAAGUAAUGGAAUUACAAAAAAAAUAAAGUUUAUUAAUUAAUUUGUAUUGGAUUGCAGUAAAUAAGUAUUUGAUCCCAAUACAAAAAGUAGUUUUUAGUUGGUGUAAAUUAAUUGCUGUCAACGACAGAGAUCCAUCCGACUGUAUUGUAGUUGUAGAAGUGUAUUGUAGUCUUUUUAAUAGAUGCAGUAGUGGUUUGUAGUUUUUUUGUAGAUGUAGUAGUGCAUUGUAGUUUGUUUUUUUAUAGUUGUAGUGGUUAGAGAUGUCCGAUAAUGGCUUUUUUGCCGAUAUUGUCCAACUCUUAAUUACCGAUUCCGAUAUCAACCGAUACCCAUAUAUACAGUCGUGGAAUUAACACAUUAUUAUGCCUAAUUUUGUUGUGAUGCCCCGCUGGAUGCAUUAAACAAAGUAACAAAGUUUUCCAAAAUAAAUCUACUCAAGUUAUGGAAAAAAAUGCCAACAUGACACUGCCAUAUUUAUUAUUGAAGUCACAAAGUGCAUUAUUUUUUUUAACAUGCCUCAAAACAGCAGCUUGGAAUUUAGGACAUGCUCUCCUUGAGAGAGCAUGAGGAGGUUGAGGUGGGCUCGUCCAUGGUGGUGAAGCGUUUUGAAUGAAGUGUUGGUGUGAUAGGUGUAUUUUGUACACAUAACGGGUGGAGAUGAGGAGUACUUUCUUAAUUUGUGUGUUUCGUGAACACUCAGUGGGUCUGUGCCUGCUGGUCAGUAGUAAUUUAAUACUUAUUUCACUCAAAUGUAAUAUGUAUUUCAAUCAAAUACUAAUUUUUUAUAAACUAUUUUUUUAAAUUACCAACCGGCAUGGCUCGGUCUUGAGAGUUCCAGGUUUAAAUCCCCGUUUCCGCCAUCCUAGUCACUGCUGUUUUGUCCUUGGGCAAGAUACUUCACCUACCUGCUCCCAGUGCCACCCACACUGGUUUCAAUGAAGCGCUAUAUAAAUAUAAUUCACUCUACUUCACUUCACUAAAAUAAAUCUACCAUAAAAAUGAUGUACUGUUCACAUCUUGGUAAACUUACAAAAUCAGUAGGGCUGCAAAUACUUUGUUUCCUCACUAUGCUGUAUUGUUUUUGUGUAAUCGUGAUGAGCAUUGAAGUGUUGGGACUUGGAGUGGAAUGAAGCUUGCGUUCCCUUGUAUAAUGUAUAAUAUAAUGCUAUAAUUGGAGAAGUCAGUUUUGUUUUCUAGAAAGAAAGAAAUGUGGUGAUUUUUGUAAUACACUAUGUGCUAUGUAUGCAUUUUUAUUGUUUUGAAACAUACGUAUGCCUAUGUUACUUUGAAGUAGGGAUGGGGAUUGUGUUGCCAACUACCUGAAAAAUAAGGAACACCGUGCAGGGCCGGUUAACCCACUUUUUUGUUUUUUGUCGUUUUUAUUUGACUGAAAGGCCUUUUAUAAUAUUUCAAAGGCCAAAUGGAGGCAACUGGGCUUUUUUUGUUGAAAAUGUUUCAGAAGAGUCUAUUUGCAUCGAUUCAACCUUUGUGGAUUAUAUGACCUGGACACCAACAAACACAAACAUGUUUUUAUACUAUUUGGCACCAACCAGAAUUGAAUUAGAUGUGCAGGUUUUUGAGUAAAAAUGAAUAUGUGGGAAACAAAUUGUUCAAUAAUCAAUUUUAUGAUCUCUGUAAUUUACAAUUUUCCAUACAAACAAAGUGAGUAUGCCUAAUAGAAAGCACUCAAAAUACGGCUCCACUUUUCAAAAUGUGCUAGCUUGAUGCCAUAUAAAUCCUACCAAUUAGCAUUAGUGAUUUUACAUGGCAAUUAUAACCCCUCCAAAUUUGGUAAUGAAAACUACAACUAAGAUGCAGGUUACAAUGAACCAGCUGGUGUGUAAUAAGUACAAUACUUUGAGUAUAAAUACUUUGUAGGACUCAAAAAAGACAAGACUGGCACAUUCAACUAAUUGGCAAAGGCUACUUCCUGACUAGGCAACACACCGUAGUCCAUACACUACUGCCAUCGUUCGUCUUGGAAUUGCAACUGCUUGCAAAGUCUACUAGAUAAUACACAGAAAAGUACCAAAAAUUGGUACCGUUUAUUACUGGUAUCUAUUUACAGGUACGGGUAAUCGGUACCAUAUUGGUUAAAAUGUGAAAGGUACCCAUCCCUACUUUGAAUGACUUACUUUUAAAUAUUUUUAUCUGCUGAAGUGUUCAUCUUUCUUAUGUGCACAUUUUGUAAAAGUGUCGUUGGUGGUAUUGUAUCCAGUUAAUAUAGUUUAUUACAUUCACAAGUCAAUUCAGGCAACUAAAACAUGCAGGGGAUGGAGUUGAAGAUGUCCAAAUGUAAACAGAUGUUUGUUAAGGAUAUAAUUGUUGCUGAGUUGACAUUUAUUGCUGAAUCUGAAGGAUGUGUUCUGAUAUGGGGAUUGUAAAAAUGCAGGUUUUAUGUUUUUCAUGUUUGCUCUUUUUAGGGAAAUAAGUGAGCCACUAGAUCACUAACUCUGUGGACUGACUACUACUAAUUGGCUUCAGCCAUCAUUUAAUCAUUGCACUUUGUGUUCAACCAAUGUUUUUGUUUCACAUUGCAUUUAAAAAUCAAAUGUGUCUUUUAAGCUGUUAUUGACAUAUUAAACUUUCACAUUA